CAAUCCAUUCCCAAUCGAUGGUCUCUUUGACUCCAAACGAUGGUCACAAAGAAGUGGUUAAAGAAGAGGAGAAAUGUACUGAAAAACCAAAAACAAAGUCUCGAAAGUCUGCGAUCGCGGCUGUCGUGACAGUCGAGCCCUUGAUUACAACCAAUACCCAUACGAUUGCAAACAAAAUCUCGAGAAUUACACGAAUUAAUUGCAUUCCCUCUUCAAUACCCGCUUUAGUGAAUACACGAGAACUGAAUUCUGUUAGAAAUACCAGUGCUUUGCACUCAAAAGAUGUCAACUCUUCUCAUAAUUAUGUCUCAGAAGUCUCGACACAAAUGGAGGAAGAAUUGAAUGAAACAAAUGAAUCGCUUUCUGUUAUCUCGCAAAUCAAUUCAAAUAUCGGCCAAAAUGUGGACAAUUCGUCAAUAAAUAAGUUUAAUUGUGAAUCAGAAAAAGCAAUUAAUAUAACGAACAAACGCGAAAGUCAUCAUCAAAUUAGUAAAAGUGGUCUCAUAUUAAAUGGUGAUAUCAAUUGUCAACCAAAUGAUAGUCCGACACAUUUAUCUAAUUCUAUCAAAUUAGACACAAAUACAGAAAAUCAGUCCAAAUCUAACCCCAAUAACAGCGCAUCGAAUGAUUCAAAUGAGACUCAAAGCCAUGAUUUAGUCAAAAGUGAUGAAAAUCCAAACGAAUUCAAAAUUCAAAGUGAGUGUCAAUCAAACAAAACCGAUGUCUUAUCUGAUGUAGAAAUGCGGGAUAAGAGCGAAGAAUCACAAACAGUUUCUUCGACUCCAGAAAUGCCUAUAAUUAACACAACUAUUUCUAAUCAAUUGGUCUCUCAAAUCACUGCCACUUCUACUGAAUCUGUCAAAACGGAGUCAAAAUCCCCAGAAAGCAAAUCAUCGGUUCAAUUGACUGAAACCGAAUCGGUUUUGAAGAGUAGUUUGUCUGAGACUGAAGACAAGACAUCACAUGAAAUGAGUUGCGAACAGAAAUUAAAUACGGAUUCUGUGACCACUUCUAGUAAUGAUAAGAUCUUGACGAAUGAGUGCUCAGAAAGCAAUGAAAUGAAAAUUGUUGGCACCGAAGAGACCGCUAAACAGCCGCUUCAGAUCGUUAUCACAACUACUGUGCCUUCUUUGACGACCACAACAUCCACUCCAAUGUUUCCGCAUUUGAAGUCCGGGUCACUCGAGAGUGGAAGUCGUGUUACACUCAUUACAUUCAAACCAAACCUUAAUUCUCCAAACAGUUCUUCAGUGAAUACGGGAAAGACGACUCAAUUUACUAGUAAUUCGUUUACGAAUCAGUUGCCUUCAAAAGGAGUUCCCUUUAAAUUGCUUACAAUUCCGUCGGGAAGUGGAGGUAUAACUGUUCGUUCGGCGGCUAAUAAAUUGGUGGAACUAAUCAACUCAACAUCUUCUCCCGCGUCACCCUUAUCUCCAAACCAAUUGGGGUCGAGUGGGUCUCCCAUACCAAUCAACACCACAUCACCUCCUGUGCGCCUCUUGGUCUCCAAAAUGGCCACAACAGGUGGAGUCACCCAAUCGGGUGUUCCCGUGACUGCGGCCGGAAAUUCAAUCGGUCAGCUCGUUGUAGUCAAGUCUGUGGUUGUGACCAAUCCUUCGCCUUCUAUUAAAUUGGUUCCGGCAAAGAGUCCUUCCGUUAACAGUAAUCCAUCGAUUGUCAUACCUGUCACACAAUCUAACAGUCCUCUCGAGUCAUUGAAUUCCAAUAAUAAUAAUAAUUGUGAACAAAAACCUAAAGACUUACCUAAUUCUCAAACACAGAACCAAAUCAAUAAUAAUGCCAUCAAUGAUGAGAAUUCAAGUAAUGAAAGCGAUGGUCAAAAUCAAGACAGCAAUUCAAGCGAUAAUGCAGAGUCACAACUGGAACCGGUAGAUCUUAGCCUUCAGUGUAUUGAUGGCACUGAAAACACAGUCGAUGACAAUGACAUCGAUGGCGUUCCUCGACUUAUAAAAUCUUCGAUGACUUCUGAGAAUGAAAUCCCGAGUGACGAUGAGGUGAAUGACGGCAACACUUUAACACAUUCUGUGGCUUCCGAUCACAACUAUAUUAUGAAGAACUCAGACGAAGGACUCGAAGACGAAGAGAUGGAAGAAUCGGUACUCAAUCUGUCGAAUGCGACCGAAACUGAUAAUUCGGAUGUCUUGAGAGACACCGACACUUCCAAUGAAUAUAAAGCCAAUGACUUCCAGAACGAUCACUCGUUAUUAGACCAUCAGCUGAAACAAAGUCAAGACUUGCAGUCGCGACCCAACAAACGCAAGAGCUCUGAGAACGCGGCCGAACUCAUCAAAGCGUGUAUGGGUUUGGAAGACAACCCCAAAAAGAACUCUUCGUUUACGUAUUCCUCUUUCACUCUGUUAUCUGGUGUCCCGACGCGCGCCCCCACUAUAUCCAGCAGAACCAGAGCCUCAUCUGUAGAUAACGACUGUGUGAUCACCACAUCGACCAAUGACUCAUCGGAAGCCAACCAUUUGAACAAAUCUAAGAACUUAAGGAUUAGGAAAAACAAGUUGCCGUCGAGUGAGCCUAUCUUUAGUCCAAAUAACAACAACAACGGCUCCAGUGAUGAAGACUUGACUGUGAAAGAGAGUGCAGGCGUCACGUGGCCUAACAGAUCACGAUUACGGACGGGAACCGUUGCUAAGAAUCAAAAGAUUGUUAACAAACAAAGGAAUAUAAAUUAUAUUAAAGAUACAAAUAAUGAGAAAAUCGCAAACCGUUUGAUAGAAAGGCCCAAAAAAGGCCGCGAUAGGGACCAAAGCAGGACAACGUCUACCCAACGCUCAACCCGUCGGUCGCGGGACCACAACAUUAUGAUGACUACGACUGGCAUUAAUUUGAAUGCGAGUGACUCUUCGUCGGAAUCACUUCACAUGGAAAUCGUUGGUUUAGAUCUGUCUAACGAUUCGGCCAAUAAUUAUAAUAACGACGCCUCGACUGCUUCGACCACUUCACCCAUCAUUACGUCUUCAUUAUUAGUCAAGAGAAAGACAAGGGUUGGCCUCAACAACAACACCGAGCAAUCCGAUAGCAAUCCAACCAAACGAAGGAGAGUUGUUAAGGAGAACCACAGGUAGUGACCACUUGUGACCACACACUCACAUAAUCAGACCAUUAGGCCAUUCAUAUACUGUCUAUACUGUCUGUAAACCAUUGAAAUCUAUGAAUAUUUAAUUGAUUACUAUUGACUGAUACUGUAUCUGAUACCAUGGUUUAACCAAAGGAACACUUAAAUGAAUGAACGGAAGUCACCAUUGAUUGGGUGAUGACUUCUUGUGUUAUUGUCUGUAAAUACCACACAAAUUAUGAUAUAUUGAGAAAAAAUGACUAAUAAUUGGUUAUAUAUUUGAUGCGUGAUUUAUUUACACUUUAAACUGCUAUAUAAUGUAUAAGAGAGUACUAAACCAGAUAUUAUUGAUUAGUUGAAGCGCUGUAACAAAUGUGC